AGAUGUAAGUACAAGGACAUGGGAAAAGAAAGAGUUACUUACAUUUCUCAUCCACACUAUCCAUAUAUGAUGGCCCUCUUUUUGGUCUUAAGUCUUUAACUUUGAGUCCACCCAAAGAGAUUAGGAUUUCAAUUUUAGAUGGGGUUCUUAAAUUUUUAAUUUUUUGGUAAUUUUUCUUUUUGUUAAUUCAUUUAUUUGAAAAAAGAAUCUUGGAUAUUUAGUUGAAUCUCAUUGUGGGUGUUGGUAUUUGUACUCCUUUCCUUAGUUGUUGAGUCCCUCUCGAUUGCUGUUUCUUUUGUUUUAUUCAGGUGGAUCUAUUCUAAUAAUUGGUCUUCGAAAAAUAUAAUCUCUUUUUUUUUGCUGCUCUUUCUUUGACCAGAUGUUCUUCAUUUUGCUUCUCUUCUCAUUCUUGAAUUGAAAAAUUCAUCGUAUUGUGACAAUUGGUUGAAGAAGAAGGAGUAGCAAAGUGGGGUUGGGAUGUUUGGGUCUGGAAUGAAUUUGAUAACCACAAUAAUUGGUUUUGGGAUGAGUGCAACUUUUAUUGUGUUUGUGUGUACAAGACUGAUUUGUGGAAGGAUAAGUAGGAGACAAUCAAGGCAAAUGUUUGAGAUUGAAUCAGGGAUUGAUCUUGAAAUGCCAGAGCAUCGAAUUAACGGGCUUGACUCAGUUGUGGUAGCUGCAAUCCCCACCAUGAAAUUUCAUCGCGAGGCUUUCACCUCCUCAGAAGAUACACAGUGCAGUAUAUGCUUAUCGGAGUACCAGGAGAACGAAGUUCUGAGAAUUAUGCCCAAAUGUGGCCAUAGUUUUCAUCUUUCAUGCAUUGAUAUAUGGCUAAGGAAACAGUCUACCUGUCCAGUUUGCCGUCUUUCUGUACCUGAAUCUAUUGAAAACAAACAAAGGCGUCCUCCAAUGCUUGGCAGGGAUCAAAACUCCGAUAGUUCUGAGAUUUCAGUUGAGCAUUCAAGGCAAUGGCUGCUACCUAUUGUUGAACAGUCACAGGGUACUGUAAGUAACAGCAACGAAGCUGUUUCUGUGUCAAUAAACCCUGAAUCUGCAGUCUCUGCGGAAGCAGAAGCAAGGUCAUGACAUAAGGCAACAUAGAGGUACUAUAAGAAAUUGGCAUUCAGAUGUUUUCUUGCAUCAGACCCAUCUUAUUGGAGAUUGACAAAUGGGACUGAUUCUGAACAAGGAGAGUCUGAAGACAAGGAGGGAGGACACGGCUUCUUCUGUAGAUUAAUGUUGCAUAUAACCAGUUAGGAGUUCUAGUUGCACUCUUUUAACAAUUUGGAGAUUUUAGGCCAAGUUUAUGGUACACUGGCUAUCUUAUAUCAUGUUGUACAAUGUCAAAUCCUCUGGUAAUAUUGCUGUAAAGAAGGCGUUUAGGGUCUCGGUUUUUCAUCCUUGACUGUAGCAUAGUAGACAUGAACUAAAGUUUUAUGAAAUGCUCUAGAAUUGGCUCAUUUGAGGACCAUGUGCUCUGUAGGAAUAUGAGCCUUCAUAUACCUCUUUUAGUAAUUGACAGUUAAGAUAUAUUUUAAUUUU